CCUAGCGGAAGUUCCCUGAACGUGAGUGAGAUGUUGCCAUGCUGUUCUUGACACACACUUGAAGAAACAGUUUGGACCGUAUGAGCUCUUGCUGCUGUGUGUUAGAGAGUUGCUGAGUCAUGAUGCUGGAGAGGAGCAGGGUGACGCUACUCGCGGAGAUCUUCUUCAGCAGGAAGCUGGAGGAGGAAGAGGAGGAGAGGAUCCACUGCCUCUGCUCCAGAGCCUUCGUGCAGGACCGGGAGCUGUACCGCUCUGACAACAGACUGCUCUCCUUUGAUGUGACCAACACAGUCCAAGAGGCAGAUGAUGGAGAGGAGGAAGAAGAGGAGGAGGAGGAGGAGGAAGAAGAAGAGGAAGAGGAGGAGGAGGAGUUGGAUGAAGAGGCUCAGCUGAUGGCGAACAUGGGUCUGCCCCUUGCCUUUGGAAGCUCCUCCAAACAGAGGAGAGGGGGGAGGAGGUCCAACAGGAAGCCUGCCACAUGUUGGGAAGAAUCCACUGAAGAGGAGAGAGAUCUACAAGUGAACAACAAAGUGGCAGUGUGUGAUUCAAUGAAGGAAACCACUGAAGAGACCCAGGCUGCCAGCUGGGAAACAUACUGGGCUGAACAGGGUGAAGCUCUGCUGUGGAGCAGCUGGUUGGAGAAGCUUCCAGAGACUGACCCAGGAUCAGGGACUGCUCCUUGGGAUGACCCACACUCUAAAGCUGCCUGGGACACACACGCUGCAGAGACAUACUACUCAUACUGGGACCAGUACUCAUACUGGGCAGCACAGGGCUGGAGUGCAGAGCAGCCUGCCUGGGAGGGGAACACUGGGGGAGACACAGCAGGGGGGGUGGGGGGCACAGAGACAGAGGGAGGGAGGGAUGGAGAGACUGAGGACCAGCAGAGAGCAGAGGAAGAGGAACAGGAGGCUCUUCGUGAUGAUGCUGAGGGUUUAAAGGAUCUGUUUGCACACAGCUGCACGUUAGGUGUGAGAUCAGUGAGUGACUCAGAGACGGAGUGUGUGAGUGUGUGUGACAUCAGACAGCAGUCAGAGAGAGAGCUCUGUGUCUCUGAUCGUCCUUCUGAUGGGGGGAGUGAUCACAGGAGACAUGCUGCCUCCUCACAGGGACACACAGCUCAACAAACAGAUUCCCAGCAUGCCCCUGGCGGCGCUGACAGACAGAGUGGCAACAGGAAAGCAACGUCAAAUGGAGAAGAUGAUGAUGAAGAUCACAAACCCCCAGGAGGAGGAGGGGCUGAGGUCAAACGCAGUCACGAGCUGGAUGUGGAGGAGAGCCCCAACCUGACCCCUGAGGAAGCCUGGAGUAAACUGGGCCUUAAACACAACCCUGAGCCUCUGUUCCAAAGCGUGUUGAGCUUCAGAGGCGGCGCUGCUCAGAAGCGUCCGAGGCAGUGGCUAACUAAAGGAGCAGUCCGCAGCGUCAACAAACACACCAGGUUCUCUGAGGCGGGGGGGGACCACACACCGCCACAGAACAGAACCGCCCUCCACAAGGUGAAAAACUUCCUUGAAAAGAACUGGAAAGAGACUCAGGUGACUCCAUGUGACCGAGGCGAGACGGGAGGAGGGAGCACACGGGAAGCAAGAGCUAAGGGAGGAGACAAGGAGGCUGAGGAAGGAGAUAAGGAAGCUGAGGAAGGAGAUAAGGAGGCUGAAGAAGAAAAGGAAGAAGGUUGUUUAGAUUUGAUGUCCAGUUUGGAUGCAGAGAAAACCCUCACCUGUGGGACUGUAGAGAGUGAGAAGGAGGAGGAGCAGCCCGACAAAUCCUUAACAUGUCUGGAAAUCCCUGAUCGUCUCAUGUCUGGUGCUCCUGAAGGCAACACUGAGUCGGCUGUGAGAAACAAGAAGAAUAAGAAGAAUAGGAAGAGGCAGCGAGGCAGGAAGCAGCCGGUGCCGGCAGAGAUGGCCGCCGAGCCGCAGCUGGCCAAAUACUGGGCCCAGCGCUACAGACUGUUCUCUCGCUUCGACGAGGGCAUCCGGCUGGACCGAGAGGGCUGGUUCUCUGUGACCCCGGAGAGGAUCGCCGAACACAUCGCCCUCCGGGUGGAGCACAGCUUUCCUGACUCUCAGCUGAUCAUAGACGCCUUCUGUGGAGUGGGAGGAAACGCCAUCCAGUUCGCCCUCGCUGGAAAGAGAGUCCUGGCCAUCGAUAUCGACCCGGUGCGGCUGGACUUGGCGCGGCACAACGCUGUGGUUUACAACGUCGCCGACAGAAUCGACUUUGUGCAGGGGGACUUCCUCGAGCUGGCGCCCCGUCUCCUUGGAGAUGUGGUCUUCCUCUCACCACCGUGGGGGGGGCCGGACUACCUGACUGCAGAGGUGUUUGACAUCAAGACCAUGAUGCAACCUGAUGGAUUUCAGAUUUUCCGCCUGGCCAAACUGAUAUCAGACAACAUCGUGUACUUCCUGCCUCGCAAUGCUGACAUGGAUCAGAUCGCCUCUCUGGCUGGUGCCGGAGGGAAGGUGGAGGUGGAGCAGAACAUCCUGAACAACAAGCUGAAGACUUUGACGGCUUACUUUGGCAGCUUGAUAAAGUCCGACAGCGACUGAUGGACCAAACAGGAUUUACUCUUCCUCUUAAUGAAAAAGGGACAAAAGUGAACUUCUAAUCUGUUUCUCGAUGUCACUAGGAAUCCAUUGAAGUACUAAAAAGUACAACCAUUGAAUUACUUUUGAUACUUUUUGUCAUUACACUUUGGGAUAUGCAAGUCAGAAAAAUAGACUAAUUAUAUAUUUUAAUUGUAUCAUUUUUUUAAUGUACAUUAGAGCUAAUAAAUGUUUUUUUAGAAUUUUGUCGAUUGUUGAUUUGACAUUACUCAUUACUCGUGACAUUACUGUCUUGACACUUACUUCACCUAAGUGGGUUAUCGUUAAGUAGAAGAACCUAGAAUCGAAGCAGUUUGUCAUUUUUAAGUCAAUAAGUGAUUUCUCUAGAUAGGAAGAGAGGUACAGAGGUAGACUUUAGCUGCAGUGAUGUUGCCCUUGUUCAUGUGCCAUCCAAACCAUCUUCUAACCAGAAAUUCCAUUCUUCAUUUUCACUUAGACCUUUUGUUAUCUUUAUUGAAAAAGAAAUGUAAGCAUUGUAGAAAUGUACUCAAAAGUUCAAUAUAAUUGUAAAGAUGAAUACAGACCAUGCCCCAGUCACACAAACCAAAUUGUAAGGCUGUACCACCCAGUGGUGCAGUGGUAUGGGGAUCGUGCUUUUUGAUUGAUAAUCAUCCCUAUACCUUAACUUGAUCCUGGACAGGAAACAGCUGUAUCAAAGGACGAAGAUAGAAACUUGCUUCACAGCAGGCGAAUAUUAUGGAUUAUGACAACUUUCAUGUACUCUGGAGCUAGGCGAGGACCACCCCUUUUUUUGUGGUUAUCACCCCCUAUACAUAAAGCUGUUAAUGAGAGGCCACAUGCAAUACAGUAACUUGAAAAGUACAUCAUCCUGAGGAGCUGCUGGGGUUAUUUUCUCUUUAAUCUUUUGUUAAAAGAACAAACAAUCUGUCAUACAAUUGCAUAUAUGACAAACAAAACAAUCUUAGCUUUUGAUCAGCCUACAAUGUUCCCUUUUGACCCUUAUUCACCAAGGCAUAUGCUACAUUUCUAAAGGUCAUUUAACUAUUUACACAUUGAUGGGACUUCCCUGCAGCAUACAUAUUCUCACUGCUCAGUUUUCUGCAACGAUAGAUCUAAAUAACAUGUACAAUGCAGUGUUCAGGUUAUACAUACAUUUUUCUAAUGACUUGUUUUUAAUUAUGUUCCUCACUCUUUAUUUUGACUCUGUUAUAUUGAAUAUCUUGUCUUGCUCUGUAAAGGACUUUGUGCUGCAUCUUGCAUGAAAGGUGCUAUAUAAAUAAAGUGCAUUACAACAGA